CGUGUCUGACGUCAGCACUGUCGGCCAAUCACAGUGCGCGUUGGUGGGCGGUGUCACGGAGGGCGCGCCCCGAGGAAGGAAGGAAGGGUGGGGAGAGGAAGCUGGAAUUCAAGAUGGAUGUCGUGGGCUGCUCUGCUGCUGCUGUAGGGGACGGAGACGUGGGAUCUGUGGGGUCCCAACGAGACUUGAGCAUGUUGCCGGAGCGGCUUCAAAAACGCGAGCAAGAGCGGCAGCUGGAGGUGGAAAGGCGGAAGCAGAAGCGGCAGGAUGAGGCGGUGGAAGAGGAGCAGAGCGACUUCUUCGCCGCCGCUUUCUCCCGGGAGCGCGCGGCGGUGCAGGAGCUCCUGGAGGGCGAGUCGUCGGCAGAGCAGCUGGAGGAGGCGGCGGCGCGGCUGCAGGGGCUGCAGAAGCUUCUCAACGACGCGGUGAGGUUUCUGGCCGCCUACGAUCUGCGGCAGAGUCAGGAGGCUCUGACGCAGCUGCAGGCGACUCUGGCCGAGCGGCGCCAAGAUCUGCAGCCCAAGAAGCGCUUCGCCUUCAAGGCGCGGAGGAAAGACACUGCCUCGGCCUCCGGGGCAGGAGCGGCUGCCCGCACCCCGGCGGCUGAAGACAUCGCCACCCCUUCGCUGUCCUCGAAGGGGCAGGAAGCCCUUGGGCUCAGCUGGGCCUGCGGCUUCUCGCACUGCGAUUCCCAGGUUUUGGAAAAGAGAGCCGAUGAACUGCGGCAGCGCGACGUCCUCCUGAGCGAGCUGAGCAGCUGCACCGUCCGACUGUACGGCAACCCCAACACCCUGCGGUUGGCCAAAGCCCGAGGCUGCAAGGUGCUCUGCGGCCCGGUGUCCACCUCUGUAUUCCUGGAGGACUGCAGUGACUGCGUGCUAGCUGUGGCCUGCCAGCAACUCCGCGUGCACACCACCAGGGACACCCGUAUCUUCCUGCAGGUUACCAGUAGAGCCAUCAUAGAGGACUGCAGCGGGAUCUGUUUUGCCCCUUAUACCUGGAGCUACGAGGGUAUCGACAAGGACUUCCAGGGCUCUGGUUUAAACAGGAGCAAAAAUAACUGGAGUGAUGUUGAUGAUUUCAACUGGCUGGCGCGGGAUGUGGCUUCCCCAAACUGGAGUGUUCUUCCUGAAGAAGAGCGACAGAUCGAAUGGGACUGAGCUAGUGUCAUUCUGUACCCCUCUCCUAGAGAUGUUUUCCUUGUGGGAAGGACGAGAGCCAGUGAAGCCGCAGAGUUGUAUGUUUUUAGCAAUUCAGGCUUGAGACGUGAUAGUCUCCUGCUUGCGAUGGCCAUUAAAUUCAUGACACUUAAGCCAUUUUGGGAAUAUCUACUGACUUUUCUUUGACUCUGAUAAUUUGAAGCAAUAAGUGGGAAAAAAGGGUAGUCGUUUUGAUUUUAAGCGUGGUACUUAAAAUGAUCACAGCGCAUGAUAAAAGAGGCCUUCAAUAAAUGGUUUAACACA